UUUUUACCCUAUUUGAAGGCUGCUUCAAAUGGGAAAUAUAUCGAUUGGUCUUUGGAGUUGCUUGUGAAUAACUUCACUCCACCUUAUCAUCUCAUGGAUAGUCUGAAGCAGGAGAGUGGAAUUGAAAAGAAGAAUAAAGUUCUGUCUCGUGUGCAUGCUGCUUUUGAAGCCAUAGCUGUUUUGGUGCCUCUUGCCCCUUUGCGACUCUCUCCAAUAGUUGUCCAGAGGAUGCCCUUAACCUACAGUAAGGGACCGGAGAUUCUCAUGUACGUGGAGAACAUGUUAAAGUUGGAAAGCGGUGCAAUUGGAGAAAUUGUUGGUGUUACGAUGCUGCCUGCUAUUGUAGAUAGGUUGAUAGAACUCGAUGUCGAAAUUGGAUGGGAUGGCCUCUUGCAGGAAGAUGCCAAAGGCAUAUUUGAAAUGGAAUUAGAGGAUGCCGAAUUUGCGGAUGGGGAUGGGGAUGAUAAUAUGCCUGCUGCAGAAUAUUUAAAUAGGAAAAGUUUGGAGGGAAACACAAUUGCUGAGAAAUUAGAUAGCUUGAUUGAGCUGACUUUUUUGCAUCUCGAGUCCUGUCAAAGCAGUGGCCGUUUGUCUGAGGUAUUUGAUGUUCUAGUGAGAUCAUUUCAAAGGACUAUUUUGAAUGCCUACAAAUCAAAAUUCAACCAGUUUGUGGUGUUCUAUGCAUGUGCACUUGAUCCUGAAGAUUGUGGGGAGAAGUUCGCCAUGGUUCUUACAGAGAUGUUUCUUAGCAAUGUUAAUCCCCCCAAUACUAGGAUGAGUGCUGUUGCUUAUCUUGCUAGUUAUUUGUCCCGUGCAAAGUUUGUUUCAGCGGCAUUGGUUGCUAGCAUCUUACAAAGAUUGGUAGAUUGGUGUCUUAACUAUUGCAAGUCACAUGAUUCCAUUAUGAACCCGCGAGCACAUCAAGUUUUUUAUUCUGGUUGUCAGGCGCUCAUGUAUUUGCUGUGUUUUCGAUUGAGAUCUCUGAUGGAUGCUCCAAGGCUCAAAAUGCAACUUCUAAAUAUGCCCAUGGAGCCAAUCUUGCAACAUAAAUUGAAUCCUUUGAAGGUUUGUCUUCCUACUGUAGUAGUGGAAUUCCUAAGACAAGCAAAGGCUGCUAAGCUCUUCAUGACAUCGGAAUCAUUUGCCUUCGAUGAUAUGCUCGAAUCUGAUCUUUUGAGGGCAUUUGGCGGGAUAGAUAGACUCGACAUGUUCUUUCCUUUUGAUCCUUGUUUACUGAAGAAAAGUGAAAGUUAUAUAAGGCCACAUUUUGCACGCUGGUCAAAGAUCAAAUGUGAUGGCGCCGAUGAUGACGAAUUCAGUGAAAGUGGCAGCGAUGCAUCUGAUGACGAAUUUGCCGACAUGAAUGAGAAUGAUACGAUUGAAGAUGACAUGACAGUGAGUGUACAAGCAGGUUUGGAUUUCAAUCCUGACUUGAAUAGAAUGUCAAUCACGCCCAAGAACAAGUCUUUGUUGCAUUUUCAACAGCAAAAUGCAAGAAUGCCCGCAAGAAUCAGACCAUCCACUAGUCCAGAGUCUUUGUAAUGAUAUUCUUGUGUCGAAAAACAUGUCAAUUUUGCAUAUGUUUUGGUGUGGUAGGAUUAGGAAGUCUUGUUGGUGUUCUUUAUAGUGAAGAAAACAGCGGGGAGCAUUGUGCAGUGUUUUGGGUUAUUUUGCCCCCAUAUUCGGGCAAUUGUAAGUGUAGUUUUUAACGUCUGUUCACUUUGUGCUGCCUAUUAAAGAAAAUGAGUAGAGGAAAGAGUAAGAUUGAGAGAUAGAGACUAAGAGGCAGAGAUUGAAAUAAACUUCAGUAUUUUGUUUGGUGUAAA